UUUAAAAUUUUAAAAGCUAAACUACAAAAUUUCAAGAUAAUUUUAUUAUAUUUUGAAUUCUUAACUAAUAAUACUUAGAGAAAAUUGUUAACAUAUUUCUUCAAAAAUUUACCCCAAAACAUCAUUUCUCCUUUUGAAGUAAAGGAAAAAAGAGAGAACCUUGAAUGUCACAUUUCAACUAACGGCCACACUCCAGGGUCAUUCUGGUAAAUCCACUUCCAUCUCCUUCACCAGUCACUCUCACUUCCUAAAAAAAGCUCUCAAACUUCCACUGUAUGCAUUUUCUCUCAUACACUUUUUUCUGUUCAUGUAAUAAAAAUCCAAUCUUUAUUCAUUCCACAACAUUGUAUUGAUUUCAUCACUUCAAAUUUCUUCAAAAAAAAGUGUAAAUGGAAAACAAAGCUGAACCAAAAGUUGCACCUUUUGUUCCAAAAACUGGUUACAACCCAAGAGAAUUACGUUCAUGGGCUAAGAAAACUGGAUUUGUUUCUGAUUAUUCAGGUGAAGCAGGGACUAGUGGAAGUGAAAAGUUUGAACCUUUUCAUCAUAGAGGAAGAGGGUCAUCUUCUUCUCCUAAGAUAGAGAUAGAUCCAACUAGGGGUGUUGAGAUCCAACCAGCUUCACAAGGAGGUGUUUUGGAGGAGAAUGUGAGGAAAGAGAAUGAACCUGUUUUGCCUUUGAAUGGUGAUGGUGAGAGGAAAGUUGGUUUAAGAGGGAAUGGUGUUAAUGUGAAUGGUAAUGGUGGUAAUGGUCAUGGUGUAUCUGCAGUUGCUCCUGUGACAGAGGAAAAAGAUGAGGAGAAUGUGAUACAUGGUGAUGGUGAAGUUAAGGUUAAUGUGUUUCCAGAAGGAGUUGAUUUUGGAGAUGGUGGAUGGAAAGGACCAUCUGAACUGAAGUGUGGACUUAAAGAAAAUCCGGGUUUCGUAGCUCUUAUCUAUUAUGGCUUACAGCACUAUCUAUCAUUGGCUGGUUCACUUGUAUUAAUCCCAUUAGUCAUGGUACCAAUCAUGGGUGGAACAGAUAAGGAUACUGCUACCGUAAUUUCUACAAUGUUGUUUCUUUCCGGCAUCACAACUAUACUGCACUGUUACUUUGGUACCCGACUUCCUUUAGUGCAAGGGAGCUCGUUUGUGUAUUUAGCACCGGCAUUAGUCAUUAUAAAUGCUCAAGAAUAUCGGAAUCUUACAGAACACAAAUUUAGACACAUAAUGAGGGAACUCCAAGGUGCUAUAAUUGUUGCUUCAAUAUUUCAAUGUAUCUUGGGAUUUAGUGGCUUGAUGUCUAUCCUACUCAGGUUAAUCAACCCUGUUGUGGUUGCGCCAACGGUUGCUGCUGUAGGUUUAGCGUUCUUCAGUUACGGUUUCCCACAAGCUGGUAUUUGCUUGGAAAUCACUGUUCCACAAAUUGCAUUGGUUCUAUUAUUCACUCUGCAUCUUCGAGGAAUAUCUAUCUCUGGACGCCACUUAUUUCGAAUUUAUGCUGUUCCGUUGAGCGCAACAAUAACUUGGAUAUUUGCAUCCCUUUUAACAGCUGGGGGUGUAUAUAAUUACAAAGAAUGCAAUCCCAAUGUACCAAGUUCAAACAUUCUUACCGAUGCGUGUAGAAAACAUGCAGAUACCAUGAGGCAUUGCCGGGCUGAUGUUUCCGAUGCAUUGUCCACUGCUGCAUGGGUCAGAAUUCCUUAUCCUUUACAGUGGGGUAUCCCUAUUUUCCACUUCAGGACUUCCAUAAUCAUGGUCAUAGUGUCACUGGUUGCUUCUGUAGAUUCGGUUGGAACUUAUCGUGCUACGUCGCUUCAAGUUAAUUCAAGGCCUCCAACUCCAGGAGUUGUGAGCCGAGGAAUUGCAUUGGAGGGUUUCUGUAGCAUAUUGGCUGGUCUUUGGGGUUCAGGUACCGGUUCAACGACUUUGACAGAAAACAUGCACACAAUUAACACCACAAAGGUGGCAAGUAGGAGAGUAGUGGAACUUGGAGCAGUUUUCUUGAUCCUGUUCUCAUUUGUAGGAAAAGUGGGUGCUCUCCUUGCUUCCAUUCCACAGGCCUUGGCUGCUGCUAUACUGUGUUUCAUGUGGGCUCUUACCGUGGCAUUGGGCCUAUCGACUUUACAGUAUGGUCAAUCACCCAGCUUCAGGAACAUGACAAUCGUCGGCGUUGCAUUGUUCCUUGGAAUGUCCAUUCCAUCUUAUUUUCAACAAUACCAGCCUGAGUCAAGUCUUAUACUGCCCAGUUAUCUGGUUCCUUAUGCGGCAGCGUCAAGUGGGCCAUUCCAUUCAGGACUUAAACAACUUGAUUUUGCUAUCAAUGCUCUUAUGUCCAUGAACAUGGUGGUUACACUGUUGGUGGCAUUUCUACUGGACAACACUGUCCCGGGAAGUAAACAAGAACGAGGAGUGUAUACAUGGUCGAGAGCUGAAGACAUUGCCGCGGAUGCCUCACUGCAAUCUGAAUAUUCGCUGCCAAAGAAACUUGCGUGGUGUUGCUGUUGGUUGAAGUGUUUGGGAGUCUAGUACUUUGGACAUCAACAAAACAGUAAUGCAGAUCGUGAAGAAAAAGGUAAAUGUACAUUGUAAUAUAGUUACUGCUAGCAACAUUAAAUUGGAGAAAGCUUUGAAUUAUUCAUUAUGCUUGGAAAGUUGCAUAGUUACUUUCACAUGUAAGUCAAAUUGUCUGUUAAAAAUUAUUAUGUACUUAAAUAUUUAAUUA